UGCGUUGCUUGCCAACCGCCUUAAAAAAAAAAAAAGAAGAAGAAAAAGAUUAGUUUCCGGUUUUUGUUACUGUUUGUUAUUUUCCUCUGAGCUUUGGUCGGUAAACAGAGCAUGGAGGGGUCUCGUGAAAGGACUCCUCACAGCGGUGUUGUAAAGAGGAGGAGCAAAAGUCAGAGCUACCGGCGGUCAAUCCGCACCUGCUUCGGCGUUGCAUCGGGGCUCAGUCUGACGCCGGCACUGACCGCACGAAGAAUGAACAUCAGCAGGAAAGCUCCAAGGUCUCAAAACAUCACUGAAAAAGUGAAGCCAGAGCACCUGGCGUUGCUGGUGAAAACGGAGUGGCAGCUGUCGUACGUCACUCCUCUCUACCAGUUCAGACACACCCAGCUGAAGACCUAUGCCCGGCAGCUCUCUGCGUUCAUUGCUGCAGAGAAACAGCAGGGCCUGGCGGUGGAGGUGGGGGGGCUGCAGAACACCUACAAAGUCUUGUUCUCCRUGCUGCAGGGGCUGGCAGAGACGAAUGAUGACCCUGAGACUGUCCUCAUCCAGGUACAGUCAAAGCCAAUGCUUGCAAGGCAGGAAGAUCCACCAAAGACUGUUUGGAGUGGGUGGUUAUCCUGCAUCAACGGUAACCCCGAAUACCUUCAGUCGCUUCCGAAGGAUUUUACCUGCCUACCUCUCUUUUGCAGCAAAGGGGCCGAGGGCCUGUCCUCUUUGGUUAAAUCUUGGUUACAGACAAGCUUUGACUGCUGCUUUGGUCCUCUCGACAUCAACCAAACCACUCUGCAGUGGCUUGCUGCCUUAUGGACCAACUGUCAUAUGGAAACCAACAUCCAGAAGUUGAAAAUGAUUUGGACUCUCCCAGUCGUGCCACCGCUACAGGUGACUUACACGGUCGACUCUGACGACGCGCUGGACCUGUGGAGAAGCACGAGGGAGAGUUUGGCAGAGAAGAGCAGGGGGGCAGAGGAUGAAGUGUGUAUCGACUUCUCGGAGGUGACAAGGUUCAUGCAGGGACUCAUGAGCCACUUUUACAGACACUUCAGGGUGGACCUUUCAGCUGGGGAACUGAACCAAGUGUCCUCUGCACUGGGAUCAGCCAAACUCAAUGGCAAGAUAAAGAUUUCCAGUAGCAGAUAUCUGAUCAGCAUCUUCAGCCUGCUCACCGAAUGUGCCCUCCUGAAAAUGCCCAUCUAGCUGUGACACUGAGCAGCCAUCAGAAAAAAAACAGACUAUAGGUUUGUUUUUUUUAGUUUCCGCUUUAAUUCAAAUGUAAGUGAACCCAGACAUUAUUUUUUUGGACUUGCACCAUCAGUGAAAUUCAUUUUGCUCACAAUUAUGACGAGUGAUGCUGAACCUUAACGGUGUUUCAGAUACACACCUCCCUCAGUUUUGCACCUUUUUGUAAAUACAGUGAAUAUUCUACUUUAUUUGUAACUUGAUAUGAAUAAAAGCAAAAAUGAUUGUGUUUCA